CAUUUCAUUUUUGUUUACCUUUUGAUUGUUUUUAUGCGAUUCUACACAUCACUUUUUUUUGAACGUUUUGCUGCGCCGUUAUUUAUUCACUUAAAAUAUAAAAUCCGCCUCACGAUAUUGUAUCACCACCCCAGCUAUAGAAGAGACACAUUUCACUUACCCAUUGCGAAAAAUUAGUCUGCUCGAAUAUACCGUACAAUGAACAAGAAAAUUGAUUGGCCUAGCGAUAGAGUACCGCAGGGCGGAAUGUUUCAUCCGGCCAAAGUCAGUUACAGCAAAGAUACGCACGACUUAAUAAAACUUCUUAUGGACGAACAGAAGAUGACAAUAUUCCAACGCGAUAAAUUGAAGUAUUAUCUCCGAAACGGUGAUCCCUUACCGCUACCAAAAUUUUGUCCACCGAAACUGACCGCCCAGCAGCAAUACGAGAAUCAAUUGGCUUCGCAGAUUAUAAUGAGAGCGAAUAGUGCGCGGAAACGAACUUUGAAUGAAAUCAAAGCGAGUGGAGCUUUUCAGCAAGAGAAAUUCGUUCCAGUUAAACAUCUCCGCGAACCAUCGCACAUUCAAAAACUUCGAUUGCAAGAACUGAUGAGCGGAUUGAAACAUCAUCCCGAAUUGGAUUCGGUUAAAGUAAAAAAUUCGCAGAAGUUUAAGCCGAGACAUUCGCACAUCGAAUAUGAUCCGAUGAAGACAUUGAUGCAAGAAAUCUACGAACGAGCGGAUUGGCUAGCUGAAAUGGAAGAAUUGGGUGAAGCGAAGCCACAUCGGCAGAUAAUUCACUUCCAAAUAGCUGAAAGGCUUCGAAUGAUCAAGGAUCUGGAAAAAAAGAACUCGAAUGGAGACGGUGCGAGAGCUGGCAAAUAAACGCAGAAAUUACGAUCGUUUGUCUUGUGUCGACCAAAAUUUUCAAUAAAAUGAAUUCCAAGAGAA